AUGAGUGCCAAGGGUUUUCUGUAUGAUACAAUUAACAUUCAAGUGGAGAAACAAGUGGCUAUUUUUUUAUACGCAAUCGGUCACAAUGUUAAGAAUCGCAUCCUCUUACAUAUGUUUAGGCAUUUAGGUGAAACUAUCAGUCGGUAUUUCAACGGUGUUUUGAGAGCAAUUCUUAAAAUGUACCCGAUAUUGUUGAAGCCUCCGAGUACUAUAACACAUGAGCGAAUAUCAGGUAACCAUAAGAGCUUUUAUCCUUACUUUAAGGAUUGCAUUGGAGCCAUAGAUGGAUCGCAUAUCCCUGCAUGGGUACCAAUUGCUCAACAUCGAACAUUUCUAGAUUGGAAGGGAAAUAUAUCGCAAAAUAUUUUAGAAAUUUGUGAUUUUGAUAUGAAGUUCACAUAUAUACUUUCUGGUUGGGAAGGAUCAACAUCUGAUUCACAAAUAUUAGAUGAUGCUAUUCAUAGAGAAGGUGAGGCGAAGCUACUAGUUCCUAGAGGUAAAUUCUAUCUUGUAGAUGCAGGGUUUGCAAACCAGAAGAGGUUCUUAAGACCCUACCGUAAUGUUCGAUACCACUUAAAAGAGUGGAGAAAUUCGAAUGUUUCACCUGCCGACAAGAAAAAAUUGUUCAACUUGCGUUAUUCAAGAUUACGUAACAUAAUUGAACGGGCUUUUGGACUGUUGAAGUCAAGAUUCAAGAUUUUGAAAACCCAACCAGAGUAUCCUUUCAAGACUCAGGCUAAGAUUGUACAAGCUUGUGUUAUGAUACACAAUCACAUCCUUACCCAAAAUAGUGUUCAAGAAGAAGAGGAAUGGCUUGAACAGGAAAAUGCAGUUACAAGUGAGGAUACUAAUGAAGAAGCAGAAGACAGUGAUGAAGGUUCUGAUGUUGAUGAUGAAGAUAACUUUGAUCAGGAUCAAUUCCAAGAGGAGAUGGCUGAUCAUAUGUGGAAUGAUUGGAUUGCAGGAGAUGAUUCAGAUGAAGAAAUGCAUGAUUCUCAGUCUAUAUCUUCUUGUGAUUCUUCAUAUGAAUCACAAGAAGAUAUAGACUGA